AUGUCUGCGCCCCCCUCGCCCCGCCUCGGGCAGGCGGCGCUCGACCACGGACGUGUAAGGAAACGAGACCGGCCACCCGCGCUCGAUAUAGACGCCAUCGACCCCAAAGCCGCCUCGGACAACGACGUUCAGUACCACGACUACCGCACGGAGCAGCAUCGCCACUACGACCAGCCCAGCGUGCACAUCUCCGUCGCCCCGGCCGCGGAGCGAGAGCACGAACCCGAAGCCCCGCGCCCGGCCUCUGCGACGUCCUCCCUCGACCCGUACUACUUCAGCGUCCACACGCCCGCCGAGUCGCCGCUCCCACCCAUGCCGGACAUCUCGACCAUGCCCGAUCUCGGCGUCGCGCAGAGCGUCACGCCUGACCCGCCCCUUCCCAGCGCGCCGAUUACUCCCGCCCGCGACGGCGCGUCCAUCGAUCGCAGGGGUCUCGUCGGCGUCGGCGAGCUCGCCACACCGCGCUGGGCACGCUCCCAUUACUCGAGCCAUUCGGAGGAGCCGGCGCACCAGAGGAUGGAGGACGUUGGCGAGGAGGAUGAGGACCAGCAGCUCGGGAAUGAGCCCGAGCAGGUCGAUCACCCCGAUAGUCCGUGGACGAUAGAGGCGAUCGACGGCGAGCCCGAGGAGAAGCCCGACGAGGAACCUCUUGAACCCCCGAGGCCAUUGCGCACGCGGCCUUCUAUCGCGGACGAGAGCGGUGGAGAGGAGAUUCUUUACCCUCGCAAGCCGCACACCGAAGAUAUCUUCAGCCCGCAAUCGCGGAGGGCUGAACGCACCGGCACGUCAAGUUCGGCCGUGCCAACGGAGCCAUCGCGAGAAUCGCCGUUUUCCAUCAGGACGUCGCAGAGGCUGCGACAGAAGACCUCACAGGAAUUGUCUAGCAGCCCUUUGGGGGUGGCUCGGUACAGUACCACUAUCAACAUCGGCACGACCGUUCAAGACGAUCCCGUGUUUUCCACGCCCAAAAAUGAGAGGAGCGACGACAAGGACGACGAGAAGACCACAUUACGUAAACACCGUAGUGUGAACGUGCCCACGACGACGGCCUCUCCGCGAGACAAGGUUCGCGAGCGCCGUCGCGAGAGCCUUGGACUGACCCUCUCGAGCGGCACAAGGACUAGCGGCCCGCCAAAGCACGCCCGAUCUGCAAGCUCGUCCUCGUCCAACCACGGCGAGCGGCCGCACCGGCGCGGCCAGACUUCGGACUUUUCUCACCUACCGCCGUCGCCCUCGACGUCGUCCAUCCAGCAGUUCCUCCGGCACUCCAACAGCAUUACUUCCAAGGACCCAAUUGCUGGACCACCUUCCGUCCAUAGCUCCCCCAACGUGGGUCAGUCGCUGCUCCGGGGCACGCAGGAGGGCUGGUCGGCGCUCGACGACGAAGCUACGGCCGAGGCGCUGCGUAAGCUGGACGGAAUAUCGGGCAAGAGCGCAAGAGCGCGGACGUCUAUUGGAAGUAGGCCGAGCAGCUCGAGUCGUCCGGGGACGCCAGGAAAGAUGGCGGGCGUGCAGUGGGAGGGGAUCGGCGUGGAGGGCGGUAAGGCGAACCGGAGGAAGAGCAAUGGGUAUCUGCGGGAGAGCAUGCCGCCGCGACCGCGCGAGGAACAGCUUCCGGCGCAGCAGCAAGUGUCCUCGCAACAGCAGCCGCACAUGGAGUCGGGCGGCGAGGAAAUGUCGUCCUCGGGUCCGGAAAAGUCGGCGCUGAAGAAGACGGGCACCGCGAGCGCGCGGUCGAGCUUCGCGGCGAAGAGGGGCUCGUCCAGCUCGACGAUGUACACGGGCACGACGACGGGCACGGGCACCACGGGCAGCUCGCGCGAUUCGGCGCAGCUGCUAGUUAGGCGGAACAGCAACGGCAGCGACACGAGCGUGCAUUCCUCCGAUGUGGCGUCUUUGAAGGACCGGGCGGCUGCGCUAGCCCACGGGCAUGGAUAUGGGAGCAGCGUGAGCGUUGGCGCUGGCAGUGUGGGCAGUGGAAGUGUGGGCGGAGAGGUUGGUGUGGAGGACGAGCGGGAGCGGGUGCCUCCCGUCCCACCGCUACCGAAGGAUCUGAGCGGGUUCAGGAGUCCGCCGCAGAGCUCCGCCAGCAUGAGCUUCCCGGGUCUGCCGGGAGCCGAAGACAUCCGGAAGGACAGGGAGAGGGAGAGGGAGAGGGAGAAGGAGCAGCAGGCCGAGGCGCAGGCCUCAGUAGAGGAUGCUGAUCCGGACAGGACCGUGUUGCUGGAGGUUCCGCCGAUGAUGACCUCUAUGCCGGAAAAGCCGUCAACGCCUCAAUUACAGCAACAGCCUGCGCAAGACUUCGCGGUAGGUUCCGCUCCAGCGGUGAUGAAGUCUCCGUCAAGAAAAUGGAGUUUCAACGCGCUAGGGCUGGGAAUGAAGACCCCUAGCGCCAAGGAGAGGGAGAGGGAGAGGGCCAAGGCAGCCGCGAAUGCGCAGAAGCAGCAACCGGAGCAGGGUAAGGUGUAUACGUCGGACGGCGGCGCGUUCAGCUUUGGGUCGGCGGACGAAGCUUUGUCUCCGGGCGGCGCCUCAUCGAAGAGGGGCUCCUGGGCGCAGCCCCAGGCGAUGGAUUCGGCAGCGUCGCUAGCGUCCAUGUCCUCGAUCGGUUCCUCCGGUGCAAGAGGUCCUCUCUCACCCGCCGUCUCGCUGCCCGUCGCACAAUCGAAGAACGAGAGCUCGGAUAGGCUGGCGCCAAGCCGGACGGAGACCGCGUCGAGUGCCAGCCACCACACGCAAGGCGGCGUACAGGACACCACUUUGGGACCGCUGAGCCCGUCUUCAUCGUCUGUGCGGCGGCAGACGUCGAAACGAUUGACACCGAGCUCGAUCCCGUUCUUCCGUCGAUCGUCCUCACAAUCAAUCAAGGCCCAGCCCGCCGCUGGUGCGCAACGGUCAAAUUCGCCUUCGGUGACAUCAACCGCUCCGGCAUCCCGUCGACUGACCGUGGUGCCUGCCGUUCCUCCUCUCGUUGACAACUCGCUCUCCUCGCCUUCAACACCCGGCUCUGCGUCGGCACACAAGAAGUCGUCUGUGCUUAGCUUGGGCUCGCUGCUCAAGGGCUCCAGCUCGAGAAAGAGUCUGCAUUCAGAUAAGAGCGACUACUUCCCGGAGAAGGAUAACCGUCGAAGCAUGGAGAAGUCGCGAGAGAAGUCUGACAAGGAGAAGAAGAAGGAUGACAAGGACAGGAGCGAAAGCCGCAUCUCGGUGUUGAUGGGCAGGAAGCGAGGCAAGACUGUUUCCGCCACUGAUGCCAAAAAGGCGGUCAAGCCGGUGACGCUCCCGCCAAUGCAAGUGCAGCCGCUCCCUCGGGACACUGCUCAGCGCGUCGCUAACCUGAAGUCGUCUGUGUCGUCUAGCAAUGGACCUAGCGCGAAGGUUGCUAGCGGCUCCCGCGUUACGUCUCAGACAAUCAGCUCGAUGCACAAGCAAUCGGACACCUCGUUGCGCAGCAGCCGCAAUCAGCUGCCUACCAUCGCUGGAUCCCCAUCUGUGGGCAUCAACACGCAACCGCAGAAGGAACCCAGGGAGCUUCCGCCGUCAGCACUGAACAACUCUACUUCUGGUCUUCCGAAGGAGACACCGACCAAAAUACCCCGUAUCUCCAGCCGUACAUCCGGCAUUCCGUCUCCGACGAUGAAGGGUACCAUCCCAUCGUCAGCUACGAGCCGUAGAACGAGCCUUAAUGUUGGUGCUAUGGCGGCGGCCUCUACCGAGCCUUCCCCCACGCCCAGCGGGACCACCAAUGAGUUCGGGGUCUUGGAACCUAACAACGACGAGCCAUCCGCCCCGUCCGCGAAGCCCACAGCUGGCACCAGGCUUUCAGUCCGAGUAUCGCCAUCACAGCCUCUUACUCGUGUUCCCCGACAGGUCUCCGCACCACAGGGCUCUUCCACCGUCAGCGGUGUCCCGCGCAAGUCUAACAGGGAAUCUAUAUCCUUCUCAGGCCUUCGCAAGUCUUCCACCGGCUCAGUGGCUUCGUUCUCAACAGCGGCUCCCACGGAGACGAAGCACCGCUCCUUUGCACUGUCGCCCUCAAAGGGGCUCAAACUCCUUAGCCCGAAGGUCUCGCUGUCUGCUGCCCGCCGCCAUGACAGCGACCUCGAGAAGUCAACGCACAGCACCGGACACCUGGCGUCCGCCGCUUCGAGCAGGCAGUCACUCUCAACGCCGUCGCCUGCACCCAGCUCGGUAGAUGAGGAGGAGAUGCUUGGCGACGAAGAGAUGAUGCAGUACAUCAAACGACAGCAGGCGAAGAAGCUCGCCGCCGGCGCGUCCCCUGAAGAAGUCAACGACAUGUUGAAGUUUCCGGAGCCUACCACACCCGUCAAGCCUGUGUCGCCGGAAGAUGUUCUCAACAGCAGUCAGGUCAAGUAUCUGUCCCAAUAUGAGCGACAGGAAAUACUGGAUUACCCCUCAGUAUAUUUCAUUGGGGCUCGUAGUCAGAAAAAACCGGCCACUACCGAGGACUCUACGAACAACCACGGCUACGACGACGAACGCGGAGACUAUCUCGUCGUCAACCACGAUCAUCUUUCUUACCGGUACGAAGUGGUCGGUACUCUUGGCAAAGGUUCUUUCGGGCAAGUCUUACGCUGUCGAGACCAUGCCACCGGAGAGUCUGUCGCGGUCAAGAUCAUCAGAAACAAGAAAAGGUUCCAUCACCAGGCGAUGGUUGAGAUCAAGAUCUUGGACAACCUCAGAAAAUGGGAUCCGGAGGAGAAGCAUCAGGUCAUUAAGAUGACGGAGCACUUUAACUUUCGGGGCCACCUCUGCAUUGCCAUGGAGUUGCUCAGUAUCAAUCUUUACGAGCUGAUCAAGGCCAAUGGAUUCGUGGGAUUCACGACAGGAUUGAUCCGCCGGUUUACGAGUCAGAUGCUCAUGUCGCUGUCCCUUAUGCGGCACCACAGGAUCGUUCACUGCGAUCUGAAACCAGAGAAUGUUCUAUUGAAGCACCCAGCAAAGAGCGCCAUCAAAGUUAUUGACUUUGGUAGCAGUUGCUUCGAGCACGAGAAGAUAUACACAUACAUCCAAAGUCGUUUCUACCGCUCGCCGGAGGUGAUUCUUGGUAUGAACUACCACAUGGCUAUCGACAUGUGGAGUCUUGGGUGUAUCUUGGCCGAGUUAUACACCGGCUUCCCUAUCUUCCCUGGAGAGAACGAGCAAGAGCAACUCUCGUGCAUCAUGGAGGUCCUUGGCGUGCCUGACAAGGACUUCAUCAACCGCAGCAGCAGGAAGCGCCUUUUCUUCGACUCGAGCGGCGCCCCUCGCCCUGUCAUCAACUCUAAGGGUCGCCGGCGUCGCCCUGGUACAAAGACUCUCCAACAGGUUCUUCGUUGCGAUGACGAGAACUUCGUCGACUUCAUUGCCAAAUGUCUCAUAUGGGAUCCCGAACGGCGACUGAAGCCACAGCAAGCUCUGCGCCACCCCUUCAUCCUCAACAGCCGAAAGAAACUUACCAGCCCUUCGCCGUCGGCAGCCAGAAGCCUUCUUUCUUCCCCUAGUCUGAGCUCGGGCAGUCGCACCAAGCCUACGGAAACCCCCAAGAAAUCUCAGAUCGGCGCACCGACCCCGCUCACUGCCCGGUCGAGCCGCGGAGGCUCCAGCGCGAUUGCUGCCACUCCGCAAACCUCUACACUUGGCGCCUCAUCGAGAUCGUAUAGAGCCUCGCAAUCGCAGAAUUUUGCAUCGUACCACUCCAGCCGUACCAUGUCUAGCUUCGCAUCUUCUGCCAAAUAA